AUGGCUACGCCCGAGCGCCCGCGCGACGUGGCCGCACACGUCGACCGUCUCCUCGCCGAGGCGGGCGGCAUUGAGCAGGGUCACCUGCAGAGCGCGCAGGCGCGCGUCCAUGCCGCUCUCGCUGAGAACCGCGCGCACGCCACGGCGCUGCGCGAGCGCCUCGCGCACGGCGCGGCGCCGUCGGCGACGCACGAACCUGCGGCGAGCGCACUGCUGCAGGCGCUCGCCACGCUCGAGACGCAUGCAAGCCGUGCGGAAGCGAGUGUCGGCGAGAUCACCGCCGAUAUCCGGUGGCUCGACAUGGCGAAACGCCACGUUGCGCAGUCCAUCGUCACGCUGCGCCGUCUGCAGAUGCUCGUGCGCAGCACGUUCCAGCUCGAGCAGCUGUGCGAUGGCCGGCAGUUCCGCGAGGCGGCGUCUGCGCUGCAGGCCGUGCAGGCGCUCCUCGAGUACUUUGCGCCGUUCGAGCGCGUGCCGUACGUGCUCGAGCAGCGCACCAAAAUGGAGCAGCUGCACGAGCGCCUGCGCACCAUGGUCCUCGCCGAGUACGAGCGCGCGUUCCAGGCGCCGCGCGCGCGCUGGGACGCGCGCGAGUCCGUGCUCCCCGACGCUGCCCUCGUCGUCGAGGCGCUCGGCGCCGACGUCCGCGACGCCCUGAUGGAUACCUACUGCACGCGCCAGCUGCGCGAGUACCGCCGCGUGUUCCGCGCCGUCGACGAGGCGGGCCAGCUGGACAAUGUGGCGCGGCGCUACGCGUGGCUCCGCCGCCUGCUGCGCACCUGGUCCGACGAGCACGCGCCAGCCUUUCUGCCGGCGUGGCACGUCGACCGCCGCCUGCUCGCGCUAUUUGCCGAGCUCACCUUCGACGACCUGCGCAGCACGCUCGUGCGCGAGCAGCCGCGCCUGCACGUCGAUAUGCUGCUGAGCGCCCUGCAUGCCACGCAGGAGUUCGAGGCGCAGGUCGCGCGGCAGUACGGCGAGCCUUGGGCGCGCGUCGUCGGGACGCGCCGCCUGUCCGAUGCGUUCGCGCCGUACCUCGGCGUGUUUGUCGAGGCACAGGACAAGCAGCUCGCCGAGAUGCUCGCGCAGCAGGCGCCCGCGCCGGGCGCCAGCGCGGCUGCCGCUGCUGCGUCGCGUGUGCCGGAGCCGGGCCUGAACGACGAGCCGGUGCGUGUGCUCGCGUCGUCGACGGACCUCGUCACCUUUUACCGGCAGACGCUCGAGCGGUGUGCGCAGCUCGGCCCCCAUGCGCCGGUGCGCGAGCUCGCGCAAGUGUAUGCCAAGUGGCUGAAGCGCUAUGCCACGGAUGUGCUGCUGCCCAUGGCGCAGCAGUCGCGCGACACGCUCGAGCUGUGCACGGUACUCAACACGGCCGACUAUGGCUCAACGACGUGCACGCAGCUGGCGCAGCGCGUGACCGAAAAGCUGCGCGCACUCGAGGGCGCCGCCGAGGCGCCGCCGUGCGUGCUCGACGCCGAGAAGGAGGCGUUCGUCGGCGUCGCGGCGGCGGCCCUGCAGGCCCUGGUGCGUGGGCUAAGUACGUCGCUGGACGGCGCGUUCCACGCGCUCCUCCGCCCAGACGUCCCGUGGACGCAGCGCGAGACGGUGGACGACAAGUCGCCGUGGGUCGAUCUGCUCGCGAGCGGCCUCGAGAGCGUGGCCGUCGUCGUGCGGCACCACGUCGAGAACAAGAGGUACGUGCGCGCGUGGUGCGACAAGGCCGUGACCCUGGUCACGACGCGCCUCCUGCAGACGAUCGUACGCCUGCGUCCCGUGCGCGCGCGCGCCGCCGCGCAGUGGCUCGCGGACGUGCAGCAUGUGCGCAAGAUGCUGCACGAGCUGCCGCACUUUUCAGCGCCGGGCCGGGCCUGGGAGGCCGGCGGCGCGCCGCAGGCGAUGCAGGCAUCGUACGUGCGCCUCGUCGACCGCGCGGUCGCCAAGCUCGAGCCGAUCCUGCGCGUGCUCGCGGGCCCCGAGGAGCCCGCGGCGAUGGUCGCGGCGUACCGCGAGCACGUGCAGGACCAGGCGCUCGCGAACUUCCAGAAGCUGCUCGAUCUGCGCGGCCUGCGGCGCCCGGACCAGACGCCGUGGGUAGAGGCGUUCCUCGCGGCGAUCGAUCGUGCGCCGGAGGCGCUGCCGACGACGUCGGCGCUGUCGGCGCUGCAGCUCGACCCGAAUGCGGACGUAUAUGCGCUGCCGGAGCUCGGCGAGCGCCGCGACGAGUCGCACGAUACGCUGUCGCCGAACCGGCCCAGCACGCCGUCGAGCGCGACGGCUCUCUCGCUGCCCGACUGGAAAAAGUUCGGUAGCAUGUUUGGUGUGGCCCUCGGGCAGCGCCGCCCAUAG